GUACGUGUUAGUGGUGUCGGUGAUUUCGUCUGUAUAUCGCGGACCUGCUGCAUCGUAUUAUUUAAUGCAGCUGCGGAUGUCUUCAGCUGAGAUUUUCUAAUUACUUUAUCAUUUGCGGAAAGUGAUAUUGUGUUGUUUACAUCUGUCUUCCGAACAGGAUAACUGCAAAGCAUCCAUUCUUCGGACAGACUGGACUUCUGUGUGCCCCGGCCAUCGAGGGUAGGGAAGGAAGGUCGUUUCGAAGAACCUGCCACGUAUGCUUAGUUCUAUAUUGAAGUUAACCAUUUCGUCCCAGUAAGUUUCAUCCAGCGUUGAAACUGUGCAGUACUUUGUGCUUUACAUAGUCUUGUGUGCGUUACACAUCAGUUUGUGGAGCCAUUUUGAGAUGCCAUGUCAACAAUGCUUUGCAUAGAAAACGAGUGAGAAGUGUUGUGUGGGUUAACUCUGUGAAUGUGUUUUAUAGUGUACGCCAUUAUAUCUUGUUAACAUAUAGACGCUGCUGAGGAUUUCAUUGUUACAGUAUUCUGCAUAAUUUCGGCGGCAUGACGGGAUAACACUUUCGCAGUAACAGGAUGAUAGUGCGGAGAGAGCCGGAGUCGAAAGGGUGCCGCACCCCUUGCGGCUAGUUGCACCGCUCCGUCUAACUGCAGCAUCCACUGAAAAUCCCCUUGGGAGAUGGACAGCUUCAGUAACGUGUUGGAGGGUGCACGACAGUACUUCCAGGGUCUUCCAUCCCCUGCUGGCAGUUCAUCAUACCAGGCACCUCAGGGUAGUUCCAGUGUGAAUGAGGCUGCCAUCAGUAACUCUCCUCGAUACGGUAACUCCGAUCCCGGAACAGUUGGCAACACUCCUCACUAUGACAGUGUUGGUCAUAGACCAAGUGUGGUUGCAGCAAAUUCACAAGCACCUGCAACAGCACCAACAUUACCACCCCAGUCGCAGGCACACCAUCAUCAUCAGCAGCAGCAGCAGCAGAAUGUUGCGACUAUCGCUUCCUCAACUUCUUCCACGGUGGUAUCCUAUUGGCCACCAGCAUCGACCAACUCUGUCUACCAGAGAACCAAAGACCUUUCAGUAUCGCAUCCUGGUCCACCGCCAUCACAAGCUCAAAAUCCUUAUGCGCCAUCAAAGAUCCCUGUGGUGUCUUCACCAUCACAAAGUGUGUCACACACAGUAUACAAUGGAAGCAGACUGGCGGUUCCAGAGCCACGGACAGUGAACUACCAGCAUCACAAUCAUAUGCAGCAGCAGCACCAACAACAACAACAACAACAACAACAACAACAACAACAACAACAACAACAACAACAACAGCAGCAGCAGCAGCAGCAACAACAACAACAACAACAACAACAACAACAACAACAACCCCGACCACAGGGUCAUAACCUUCCACCAAUAGCUGCAUUACCAAACUACCAUUCUUCUCGCAAUGCAAGAGAGUCCUCACACAGAUUGAGCCAGCAUCACUCUCAGUCUCAGCAGCAUAUGUCAUCAGGCACAGUACAAGCUCACCAGAUCUCUAAUAAGAUGGCAGUAGCUAGCCCAGUAACUCUGAUAAACCCUCAGUCAGAUUAUGCUCCUCAGUCACAACAAAACCAUACUCAAUACACUGGCACCAGUAACACUGGUGCAGCAGUUGGAAAUGGCAGUGCUGGUAUGUUGCAAUAUGGGUUACAUCGCGGACCAAAGUAUCAACAGCAGCAACUUGGUACAGCUCCACCCACAUCAACAGCAUACAAUAAUUAUACCUCACCACAGAUGCCUCAGCAACAGGCUGCUUCUACUUCCAUUCCAUCAUCAUCAGCUUCCUCUUCAUCUUCCAGUUACCAGUCUUCCCUUCAUCACUCCCAUCAGUUGCAACAGCAGCAGCAGCAGCAGCAGCAACAACAUCAGCAUCAACAACAACAGCAACAGCAUCAUCAGCAACAAUACGCUUAUCACCAUCCUCAUCAUAGGCAGAGUGGUUCAUCUCAUUCCUCACAGCCUGAGCUUAAUUUAAAGCCAGAUCAACAUCAACAAACAAACCCAUCAAAACAUCAGUUUCAAACACAGCCAUUCUACAGCUCCAGUGCUCCAGGGCGGCCACAGUCUGCGGCUGUCCCACCUCUCAGCACAAGUGUUAUAGCCAAUGGACAUUCAAGGACAUUACCACCAUCUUCAUCGGCAGCAUCUUCUGCGCGGACUGGCAGAAAUAAGCGUGAAUCCCCAUUAGAUCUCUCCGUGAAAACCGUUCGGCAGUCAGCGGAUUCAACUGCGAAAGAUGACAUGGAAGGUGGCUAUAGUGUGCCUAGUUACCCACCAGCUGCCGUGGAUCACCAAUCACGAGGGAAGGCGGGAGCAACCUCUACAAAGAGUCGCACCCCACAGCAGGGUGCAGUGCCAAUGCCACUUCAACUUCCCUCCAGUGUGGCCUACCCCUCACUUGAUGCUCAUGGUGCAAGACCCAUCUCAUCUAAUACUCCUGCUGUUCCUGUUACAGGAGUAACUACUCCUAGUGUUGGUGUCCCAAAAGUUAACUUUCAUCCCAACUUCGGAGUUUCACAGCACAACUCAAUGGCACCAGCUAGCUGUGUGUCUGAGAGUCAACAGAGAUCAGGUGGAAGAACAAAUUCCUUUCAUCACUUAUACUCUCAGUCAUCAUCAGUAACUCCACUGCCACAUGUUGGCAGUUUCAAGAAGAAUUCUUCGACUGUCGUGAAUCCUGUACUGGAAUCCUAUGAACAGAAACAGCCCCAGUUUUACGGUACUAUAUCACAGACACAACAUAGGCACACCAGUAAUAAUUCUACCACUGGCUCAGCGAUGCUUCCACCUUACUCGACUCCUUCAAAUAACCAUUACCCUCCAACUGGUUAUGAAAAUGCUAAAAGGAUAGCAGAUCCAAUGCAGAAUUAUGGGGGCAGUCGAUUAAUAGACAUCCAAAGUCGAGGACCAAAUCAGAACAGUGCAGCUUAUGCAGUAAGUUCGGUAACUGUAGGACAGAAACGUGGUGGUGAGAUGAGGCAUCCAUCUCUGGCAAAAGUACCUCGGCUGGACACUUGGAAGCAGACAAUAGAUCAGGAGAUUGAGCAACGAUUCUCUUCAUAUACUUCAUCUAAAGCACAACAACAACAUCAACAUCAACAUCAGCAGCAGCAGCAACAACAUCAGCAACAACAUCAGCAACAACAACAAGUUAAUGGAAACCUUGACAGUGCCCGUCAUGAGCCACAAUACAUAUCAUCUCACCUUCGCCAACAUCAGCAAUCAUUGCUACAUCAUCAGUCACAGCAGUUAAAUCAUCAGCACAAUCCUUCAGGACACCCUCGAGUUGGUACACCAGCUGCUGCCACUUCAGCAAACCAACCUCAGCGUGUCUAUCACUCAACACCUCAAUCCUCUCACUAUGUUCCUAGCCCUGUCCAUCAGCAAUACCCAACACCUCAUGUGGGGUCACAACCUAUGACGCAACAGCCUCCGCCUUCACGGAGUCAUGCUCUCCAGAGACUUCUCACAAAUUCAAGUUCAGGGUUACUGCCACAGCAGACAGGUGGUAGGAAUAGUUCCACCACAGGUGCAGGUGGUGUGGCAGAUAAAAGAGUGCUCAGUAUUCUCCGAAAUAGUUUGGAGAUCAAAGAGGCACGAAUGACUGAGUUGCAGAAUCAACUGCAGCAACAGCAACAGCAACAGCAACAGCAACAACAGUCUGUGCUGGCACACCAUCAUAAUAAGCAAAUGAGUAAUCAGUAUCAGCAAGCAAAUCAUCAACCUGCACCCUUGUCAGAAUCACCAGUACAGGUUCUGGCACACCAGAAACCAUCACCAGCACCCCCAGUUAUGGGAAGGCAUAAUCUGUCAUCAUUCAGUGUAACACUUGACACUAGUAACUCCCAGAAAGCAGCACAAGUUCAAGCACACAAAAUUCAUGUGCCAAAAGCAGUUGAAUCUGUACCUUUUGAUGCAGAAAGUGAGAGUGUUACUUUGAGAAUGUCUAAUAAUGAUGCUCCAGGAGUUGUGAGGACUGAUAUACUUGAAAACAAUCAUAGUUUUUCAGUUAGCAGUAAUGGUUCCAAUUCUGGAGAUCCUGAUGGAUUUGCUGCAUACCUAGCAGCUCGCAUCCGAACAAAAGCAGAAUUAAAACAGGUUGGUCUAGAGCAGCUGGGUGGUUCUCAGCAGCAACAAUUCCGGUCUCCUACACCAGCUUCUAGUGUCAUCUCUGCUUCCAACAGUUCAGUGCAUUCCCCCCGGACGACUCCAGGCACGCCUAUGGUGUUUUCACCACCACCACCACAACAAUCUGUGCAGGCAUCUGCUGAUAUUGUGUCAGAAAGUAUUCUUUCCCAGAUGCAAGAGAUUACCAAAGUCUCAGAACGGACACCACCGUCUCAUGUCCAAACUCAGCAAAAUCAGGGUGCACAAAGUGGUAGUGGGGCUUCUUCCAGUGGCAGUCCACCAAAAUUGACCCGUGAGCGAGUGGCAUUUCCUCCGCGAAGGAGACUCUUCAGUCGUCCAGAUGAAGAGCCUGGUGGGGGUGUCAGUGGGGGUAGUGUGUGUAUAAGCAGUGGAAGUGGCUCCCUGGCACCACCCAGAGACUCAUCGGGAUUGCGUAGUUCCUCUGAGACAUCUGUGUUUGAUUUCCGCGAUAGCGACUCUGAAGGUGAAAUGCCAGUACUUGAAAUGCAGACCCUUGGUGAGAUGAGGAGAGACAGAAAAUCACACACAAAACACCAGACACAGGCAACCUCAGUUUCAGUACCUGAAGUGAUUGAACUCUCUGAGGAAGGGGUGAUGGAUGCUCCUGCUGUGACUGACAUGCAUAAAGAUACAGAAUCUCGACCAUUGUCUCCGCUUGAUCCUUCCUGGUCUGCUGCCUGUGAUAAGUUCCUUGAACAGCUCCAAAUGGGUGUUGCAAAAAGAAAAUGCCGUCGGAAGAAAACUGUUGCAGAGCUGAAAGCUGUUCCAAAUAAGGUUGAUGAUAGAUCUGAAACUAUUGAAAUGAAGCUAGAUGUUGUGGAGGAUGAAAAGAAGAUUGGCAAGACUGAAGGAAAACAGGAAGUCAUAGAAGAAGAUGAUAAAAAUAAAAGCGAGAAAAAGAAAACUGAGAAGCUUGUGGUGAAAGAAAAGAAGCAAAAAUUUGAAGACUCUGAUGAAGAUGUUCCCCUCAUUAAGCGUAGAGGACGACCAAAGAAAAAGGACAGUAGUGAUGGUGAUGUUGAAGAUGAGAUUAGCUUAGCUGAGAUAAAAGCACGACUUGGAAGGGCAGAUAAAAGUGCUUCAGUGGAAGUACCUGUACAUGUUGGGAUUAGAAGUAGCAGGAAUAGCAGCAGCAGCAGUAGCAGUAGCAGUAGCAUUGGCAGUAGUGAUGAUGAAGAGGAUGAGGAGGAUAGUGACAGUCAUGAAGAAACAGUUGCAGAAAGAUUGAGACGCAGGAAACGUCAGGGUAAGGAAGGAAAUGAUGAAGAUGGUGGAGAAUCCAUUGGAAUGAGACUCCGUUCAAAGGCUCUUUGCACACUGCAGAAAGGGAGAUCAAGUGACAAGGAAAAACGAAAUGAAUCAUCUGGAAAAUCAGGUUCUAAAAAGAAGAAGCCCCAGUUUGGAGACGGCUCAGAUUUUCGACCAGGCUGGGAGGAGGAGGUCUAUCGCUUUAAACGCUCUCUACGCAUGCCAGCACAGUUGAUCAACAUUCCACGUCCUCCACAUACACAUAGGCUGUCAGCAUCAUUACCAGAUUUGGACCCAUAUCCCAAUUCUCCUGCAGCUUCUACUGUGGAUUCUGCAGAUUUUACAUUACAGCGUCGACACUUACGUCCUGGUGGUUCUCUUGACCGUCGUCAUGGUGCAUGGAGUUCUGUGCGUAGUGAUUUACUUGACAGUGAUCUUGAUUCUAGUUCAAACUUGUCUACUGCUUGGCAUCAUGUUCGUAGGAGAGAUGACUUGGGUGGCGAUUCUGAGGAAGCAACUUCAUCUACAACAGUGUCAACUAAGCUCAAAAAUAAUGCAAAUAUUGACAAUAACAAUUCAAUACUGAACUUUCUAGUGCGUAAAUACAGUCAUAGUAAGUCUCCUUGCAAAAAAUCUUGUGCAAAGAAUUCGCUUUCAGAACGUUCUGGUCUUCGCAUUAUUCCCCGUUCUUCUAGUGGAUCUGAACUUUUGCCUACUCCUAGUCUUGGUAUAGGACUUAAAAAGUCACCUAGUUCCAAGGUAGACAAUAAAAAGGUUAACUUGCAAGUUAAGAAACACAAAAGUAAAAUGGACACUAGGGAGUCGAAAGGUGAAAAAGGACCUGUCUGUGAUAUUAAAGAGUCGGUGUACUUGGGCUAUUUCAGAAAGAAGACUGUGACAAAUUUCCGUGAUGCAUUUCGUCAAAAUGGUGGUAUUCUUGCAGAAAAAUUUGCGCCUAUUGUAUUUAAAUCCCGAACACGAACUCAGACCCGAGUGUUACGACAGCGUGCAACUAUACGUGAAGUGUUUGGUGACCAUCGACCAGCUUCUGCCCCUCCAAUAUGCCACGAAGAAAGAGAGCAUAUUCAACAGAGUGAAAACUCAGAAUGGAGAAGAAGAUCUCUCAGAGAAGACACUGGUAUAAUGGGCAAGAAUCGGAGUUGUACAAUAACUGGUGGCCGACCAGGUUUACGUAGUGCUGGCUUAAGGCGUAGCAACAAAGCAGUUCUUAACUCUAAACGUCACCUGUUACGUCGAGACCAUGAUCUAUUGCGUGCAAUGGGUUCAAAGAAACCCUCUUUCAAAAAUACUUCUAGAAAUCUUGGUUCUGUUGAACCAGUUACAUUUGUUCCUCCAGUGUCUAGGGAAAGAAGUGUCACCAACGCUUCAACAGCAGCAUCACCACUACCUUCAUCAACAAGUCAUCAGAUGGAAGAUGGUAUGGUACCGCCAAAUGGUAAACGCAUCAAACUACGUUCUGUAAGACGCAAGUUUCGAUCUGGGUUUGACUACAUCCGUAAGAAGAAGAAGCAGCAGAAAAGGGAAGGAGAUGCAGAAGGAAAUAAAGACAAGAAGAAGGGUACAUUCCCAAGGCCAAGUUCUGAGUCAGUUCAAGACAUACAGACAGAAAUUCGUGGCUGGGUGAUCAACAAAGGGUUAGGAGAGACUCUAUUACACCGAGCAGCUAGACUUGGAUAUACGGAUGUGGCUGCAUACUGCCUAGAAAAAUUAGACAACCCACCAUCACCACGUGACAAUGCAGGCUAUACCCCUCUUCAUGAAGCAUGUUCUCGAGGCCAUUUGGAGAUAGCCAGGCUCCUACUCAUGUAUGGAGCUAAUGUUAGUGAUAGUGCCCUUGGAGGAAUCAGGCCCUUGCAUGAAGCUGCUGAAAAUGGCUUCACGGAGCUGAUCCGUCUGUUACUAUCUUAUGGGGCUGACCCUCUUCUGGCAACAUACAGUGGCUACACUCCACUAUCCCUGGUAACAGAUGAUGAGGCUCGCAGGUUGUUGCAGCAGCACCUAUCUGAUGUACAAGGACAACCAGCACCUCCAUGGACAUUCCAGGGUGCUGCAAGUUGCUGUGAUUCUCCAGAGAGUGGAUAUGAUCCAUUGUCAUAUCCACCAUGCUCAUCCCCUGAACCUCCUGAAGAAAAUGGUAUAGAGAUGGAGACAAGUGAAUUAUCGCUUCCAGUACUAUAUCGUCUUCGUUGUGAACCACCAGGAGAACGAUGGGUUCUGCUUCAGGACCUGACACAGUUGCUUCGUAUCAAAUCACGUGAUGCUUUAUUACGACAACUGUGUGCAGAGGCAAGAAGUGUGCUUCGUGAGUUCAAAAUGGCAGACUUUUUAGAACAGGCACGCAGCUGUCACGUAUCUUGUGGUGGAGAGAAGAUCAAUAUUCGUGCAUCCAAAGUGGCACUAGUCAGAUAUAACGAAAAGGUCAGACAACUCUUAGGUGUGGAGAAGAUCACAGUUGGCUUUAGGUGACCUGAGGGAUUGUUAACACUAUAGGGAAUGCACAACUAGUGGUGCAGUGCUAUAGGAUUGAGCUUUUUUGCACUCACUGUGAAAGGUUACAUUCUGAUUUGGUAAAUGGAAUAUUGUUGAUUUGUGAAAUUAAGUCACAAAAUAAUUUUUGUGUUUUUGGAGAUAGUAACAUGCGAGAAACAAAGGUGUACAAUAACAUUACAUAAACAAGAUUGUUUUGUUAAAUUAUCUAGUGAUGUUGUAUUUAAAAUUCUGUUUUGUUGAUGUUUCAUAUAGCGGCAAAGCUGUGUUGUUUAAUGUAAUGUAUGGAAUGUGCAAUCUAAUUGAAUUUUAAACAUGGAAGUUGUAAGAGUAUAUAUAUUUUUUAUUUUCUUCAAGACAAAACUUGCUUUGAUGACUUAUCCAUGACUAUAUUUCUAUGGAAUGCAGAAGUUAAUUUCUAUAUUAGAUUCAUUUUCUACAGUUGUAAGUUUGAGGAAAGAAUGAGACUAAACCAGUUGGGAAUUAUGUGCAAAACACAAUGUUCUAUAAAGAUAUGGAAUUCUCGUGUAAACCAACAGAUGUUAUUAUUUAUGUACAUGGUGGAAAUGGUGCAAUAGAUCUUGUUACAUUUUGCAUGGUUUUUCUUAAUCAUUUUCACUGGAUAUUUUGCAGUUUUGUACUUAAGUUGGCAAGAGUUGUUGCAGAAAUGAUUUAUAGAUAUUAACUUUUGUUCAGAUAUCUAAUUUAGUGCUAAUGAAGUGCUGUAGUUGUGAUUAUUUAUGAUUCAGUCAAUUUUUUUUUAAAUAAUUUUAUGUAACCUUUGACAUGAAGGUGGAUAAUAUUAUCUCAUACCAUCUCAGGGAAAUAAUGAAUACUGUAAUAUUUGAAUAUCCUGAUGUUCAAAACUGUAACGUACUCAGAAAUACAAAAGAUAAAUCAUUAUGAGAGUUGUAAUGUAAAUGUUCUAUAAGCGAUACAUAUUAUUGUUUCUAUUAAAGUGAUUAAAAGUGAUGGUAUCAAAGUAUUGUAUCUAGUUUGACAUUUUGAUUUUAGUUUUUACUGAGAAUGUAAGUAUAUUUUAGGAAAACUUGAACUGCUUUUGAUGUGAACUGUAAGAUUAUAUUUGUUGCUAGUGAAGCAAAAUUACAUAACUGAACAGCAGUGUUUUUUUUUCUAUCUCCCUGGUCCAGAUUCUUGAUGUGCAAGAUUUGGUAAUUGAUGUGAUUCUUGUAGAGAUAAAUCAAUGGUGCAUACCUCCUUAAAUGUACGCCAUAUUCAUGUGUGAUGCCUCAUGUAAGCAUACUUCGUGUUGAGUCUGCAGUGUGUACAUUGUCAAAUUCUGGUUACAGAAAGAGAGUUGCUGUGAUGUUACUGGAGGGAAAGUGCAAUGCUUCUAAUACAAAUAAUAAGGUCCUGUCUCCAUUUUUGGUCUAAUUACAGGAGUACUAAUGAAGUUUUAUGUCUGUGAGUUCUCUUUCAUCAGUGGAAGCAGACUGAUUCCCAGAAUUAAUGUGUACUGGAAAGGGAAUAUGUGAAAAAUCAAAUUGAAGUAUUUUAUUAAAAGAAUGUAUUUUAUAUAAUAUUUCCCUUUAUUUCCAUCAGUACGUGAGUGAAAGUUGAAUGUGAGUGCAUGUAUUAGUGGGCUGUACAAAAUUUAUUUCUUUGUAUUUUUGUCUUUAUUACAGCAAUGUUAAUAUUUUUGUUCUUGUUUAUCUGGGAUGCAUUGCUUGAUUAUUAUCUGAAAUUACACAAAUUACAAAAUCAGUAUAAGUCUGUAUAUCUAGCCUUGAAUCAUAAAAAUUCAUUUUGGAGAGAUACUGACCAGUCGUUUCUAAAUUUACAUUUAUAAGUUCCUUAUAAGUCUGAUUGGUAGUGGUUGUGUUAUUGCUUUUCUAAAAUGAUGAUUACAGCAUGCUAAAACCCAAACUUGGAACUGUUACAAGAUUACAAGGUACUGAUGCAAUGAAGGAAUUAUGCAGUCAUUUCUAAAAUUUUAUGCAUUAUGCAAACAUGUAUUUAGAUGUGGAGUUAAUCUGAAAUAAGUUUAGAAAUUAAAUUGUUGAUAAGAAUAUGUAAGGUAUGGCAGUAAAUGCAUGUGCCAGAAUAAGGGCCCAAAGACCUAUAAAAUAUGGAAGUUAUUCAGUUUUCUUUUAAACUUGACAGUCGUAUCAUGUGGAGGCAUAGCAUGAAUGCAAAACAGACAUGACAGAGAUUGAGACUUAUGUUUGUUACAUUACUGGGAGCUACAGUUAAUGAUAUUGGGAUCAUCGUGAUAUUAGCUCCUGUGCCCAUUGUCUUUACUUAGUUUUUUGUCCCAAUUCUGAAUAAAAACGUACAGAUUAAAACUGGCAAGUAUGUGAAUGAACAGAAUCAUUCCACUUCCCCCUCUGUCCAUUCCUACUUGUUUCAAAGGUAGAUAAACCAUUUUUUAUAUUUUUUUGAAUGUAAGAUAAUGUGCACUUUUUAUUUUUCCAAAAAUGUAUGUCUGUACAAUUGGGCUUGAUGACUUUCAAAUCAAAGUGCAAGUUCAGGUGCUCCUGAAUCAGUGUACAUACUUUGAAGACAUAAGAAAUGUGUGAUUAGGUGGACUAUUUGUUAUGAAUAAAUUAAAAUGUAAAAAAAUAUUCAGAUCUGGAGAAUGAAAAGAAACUAGAGAAUAUAAUUUAUAUAAAUCGGAUUUGAAUUUGUAGUGCUAAUUUUGAAUAAUGUACGAAUAUACAUAUUUCACCCAUUACGAUGGUGAUUCAUUGUCUUUAUUACAAUAUAUACUAGAAGUAAUUCAAACAGCAUUUGCUACAAAUUAGAUAGCACUUCAAAUAAGAUGGAGCAUUAAUAUAACCUAUCAGAACCCUUCACAGUAAUUAUAAGGCUACAUGACAACA